AUGUUACAUGACAACGAAACUGUAUAUAUUGACGAGGUGCAAGGCUCUGACGAAACCGGAACAGGAACUCGGGAUGCUCCUUAUAAAACAGCUGUUCACUCUCUUCAAACGAAAGGUGACAGUAUAAAAAUCCUAGUUCAAAAAACUUCUGAAGAAGGUUACAAAGAUAUAUCAGGUGCCGCCUUAAAAAAAGCCAAGAAACGAGUUGAUGACUUGGCAAAAAAAGCCAAGAAGGAAGAAGAAAAAAGGAAAGCUGAAGUUGAAAAAGCAAAGCUUCAAAAAGAAGAAGAAGAAAGAAAAUUGGAAGAAGCAAAAAGUAUUGUUCUUGAACAAGAUUCUACUCUUCCACAGGCAAUAAAGAUAAAAAUCAUGAAUUCAGUUGCUAAUCGUGGAAAGCGCGUUAAAGUAUCUGGAUGGGUUCAUCGCCUUCGCACACAAGGAAAAGAUAUGAAAUUUAUAGUUUUGAGAGAUGGUUCCGGAUAUCUUCAAUGUAUUCUCACCGGAAAAUUGUGUCAUACAUAUGAUGCAUUGACUUUAUCCCUCGAAUCGACAGUUACUAUUUAUGGCGUGAUAUCCGAAUUACCUGCUGGCAAGACGGCUCCUGAUAACCACGAGCUUCUUGCCGAUUAUUGGGAAGUCAUUCAUAAUGCACCAGGUGGCGAUGAUGCAUUUGCCAACAAGCUUAAUGCUGAAGCCGAUCCAUCAGUAUUAUAUGAACAACGUCAUCUUGUAAUUCGAGGAGAUACUGCAUCUACUGUGUUAAAAGUUCGAUCUGCAAUUAUGAAAGCGUUUCGCGAUCAUUUCGAUUCUAAAGGAUUUACAGAGAUUAACGCUCCUUGCAUGGUUCAGACUCAGGUCGAGGGUGGAAGUACUUUGUUCGAAAUGAACUAUUACGGGGAAAAAGCAUAUCUUACACAAACUUCUCAAUUAUAUCUCGAGACAUGUCUCCCAUCACUUGGAGACGUAUAUUGUAUUUCAGAAUCUUAUCGUGCUGAGAGAUCGCAUACCCGUCGUCAUUUAUCCGAAUAUACCCAUUUAGAAGCCGAAAUGGUUUUUAUUACGUUCGAUGAUCUAUUAAAUGCUUUGGAAGAUCUUAUUUGCGAUACAAUUUCUCGUGUCCUCGCACAUGAACCAACUCGCAAAUUAAUUUACCAACUUCAUCCAGAUUUUGUACCUCCUAAACGUCCUUUCUUACGUAUGGACUAUAAAGAUGCGAUUCAGUAUCUCAAAGAUCACGAUAUUAAAAAAGAAGAUGGAAGUUUUUAUGAAUUUGGUGAAGAUAUUCCAGAAGCUCCUGAGCGAGCUAUGACAGAUCGAAUUAACCAGCCAAUUUUCCUUUGUAGAUUUCCCGCUGAAAUCAAAGCAUUUUACAUGAAAAGAUGUGCUGAUGAUAAGCGGGUUACGGAAAGUGUGGACGUUUUGAUGCCCGGCGUAGGAGAAAUUGUGGGUGGUAGUAUGAGAAUUUCAAAUAUGUCAGAAUUAUUAGAAGGAUAUAAAAGAGAAGGAAUUGAUCCUACACCAUAUUAUUGGUAUACAGAUCAACGAAAAUAUGGAACGACUGAGCAUGGCGGAUUUGGAUUAGGUGUUGAACGGUUUUUAGCUUGGUUAUUACAUCGUGACACAGUAAAAGAAUGUUGUUUAUACCCAAGAUUUAUGGGACGUUGCUUGCCAUGA